GCGCUAUGCUCAAGAGCUAUACUGAAAGUGGGGGAACAUCUUUGUCGACAGACUGGAAUGAAGUAUCCAGGGGCAAGGUUGAGGUCCGGCCUCCUUCGGGCGCUGAGGAGCGAAAAUGGUGAUUAUUUGAUGAUGCCGGGAGGGUAUGUAAGAUGGGAUGCAUGUAUGGUGGAGGCAUAGGCGCCGGGCGGUUAGUAUCUUGUUGCAUCACAUGUCAUGGCCCCGAUAAAGGAUAAGUUUGCGAUCCAUUCCCGUGCGGUCGUCUGUCAGGAUGUAGAUUUGAGGGGAGACAUCACGAUUGGCUCAGGUGAGGCAUUGCCGUGUUUUCUGCCCUUGAGUCUGGUUACCAGUUCCUUGUUAGGCACUGUGAUCCAUCCCAAAGCCACUAUCUUUGCAAUCACUGGUCCGAUUGUGAUUGGCGCAAAUUGUAUUGUUGAGGAAGCUGUCAUCAUUAUCAACAGGAGGAAAGAAACAAUGCGAAUAGGGGAUGACAACCUCUUUGAGGUAGGCUGCAGGGUGGAGUGCCCUUCAAUAGGUGACGGAAAUACAUUCUCAAUACGCUCGCGCGUGCAUUUCACUAUGCGGAUCACGUCCUAUUGCGUUAUUGGGGUUGGAUGCCUUUUAGUGCCAGAACAGGAGGAGAUACUUGACGAGUUCACGACUGUAUAUGGUCCUUCUGCAGAUCGAAGGGUUUGGAGCGGUAGGGGACGUAUUCAGGAGAUGGACCUGCGCCGCAAACAUGCGGAGUAUCUGAAGGAAACGCUGCCAAAAUUCAACAGACUUAGGCGCGGGGAAGGGUUUUAGUACUCUGGGGCUUUGCAAUGUUGGGGUGUCAAUGCAUGAUGGUUCGGCUACAGGACCGGUACACUACCAAGUGAUACCCAAUAAAUACAACAAUCGAUCCAAAAACGA